AUGGGAAAAUGUACACUGCAUUUACGAACCAGAGCCCCUUCCUUAGCCGGGCCCUUCCCUAUACCAGGAUGUGUUCUACAGGUCUUGUUGGUGGUUCACUUUGCAGGGGCUGAGCUGUUCAUUCUAACAUCCAUGUCCUUUGACCGCUACGUGGCCAUCUGUCACCCACUGCAUUAUGACAUCAUCAUGAGUAAAGCAGUCUGUGUGAGAUUGGUAGUUUAUUCCUGGUUCACUGGGAGUAUCUUUGGGGUCUUAUACUCAGGUGGAACCUUCUCUUUAUCCUUCUGUGACUCCAGAAUACUCCCUAGGUUUUUCUGUGAUGUACCAUCCCUUCUGAAGAUUUCUUGUUCAAAAACUCAUAUCACUAUUGAUAUUAGUGUGGCAGUUGGAGUAAUAUAUGGACUUCUCUGUUUAAUAUCCAUUGGAUUUUCAUAUGUUUCUAUUUUCAAUACAGUGCUUAGAAUGCCAUCAUUACAAGGGCAGUCAAAAGCCUUUUCCACCUGUAUACCACAUCUCAUAGUUGUGACUACAUUUUUUGUGACAGGAGCCAUUGCCUAUCUAAGACCAGUCCCUGAUUCCCCACAACUUGUGGACUUUUUGGUGUCUGUUUUCUAUUCUGUAUUGCCUCCAUCAUUGAACCCAAUAACAUACAGCCUAAGAAACAAGGAAAUCAAGGCAGCUUUGAGGAAGAUUAUAUGGAAACUAAGCCAUUAUUGGUUUUAG